UGCAGUUUUGUGUAAUAAUUCUAAAGACAAACUGUUCAUCAUGAAUAUCGGGAGAUAACUCAAAUUGCUUGAACCAGCACCAUAUACAUGUUUAUAUAAGGAAACUAUAAUUCUCUUAAAUACGCGACUUAACAAAUGGCUUUAUACGACCUAAAAGUGCUUAAGAUAAAACAUUAUCUAUGUCCCCAAAUUGAUUAGUAAUUGUUUUCAGUAAAGUAAAAUUGUGUUAUUAUAUUAAAUCUUAAUUCAUUUUAAAGCGCAUGGAAAAUCUCAACUUAUGUCUCAACAUUUGAUGAGCUAUAUCUGUAAAAGAUUUGCCGCUUACGAAGGAAUAUUGGCAGUCUGGGCAAAGCACGCAACAGCUACAAUCUAGGGCGACGGCUCUUUAUAAUCUGCAUUCUGGCGACAAGCUUUGGUGAGAGGAUAACGACAAACACGUAUGUGACUUAUUUGGAAUCAGAUCAGGUGUAUCCUCUGAAGGACGUAAUAACGCUAUGCUCUUCUCGGAGUCUAAUUCCUACUGAAUGGUAUGGCAUGUGUUAAGAACCGUGUUUUUAGUUGACUGUCGACUUUCCGUAACGUCUUAACUUUUCUGUACAGUUAAUGAAUGAACACGUAAAUACCUUAUCGUUUAAAAGUAUUAGUUUUUACCUGUGGAUGAAGUCAGAUCUAGUAUCUCGUGAGUAAACACACUUCUAUCAUUUCUUCAGUGAUUACUUUAGGGAUUAUUAUCUACAUCAUCAGAAUUCACGCUGCAGAUUCCAAUACUUCGAGCUUGUUUCAACGUGAACUGCAAGUGAAACUAUUACGCAAGCAAAGAUGGCUCUUGUCAUGGAGGACAAAGAAUCCCUAGAAAAAUUAUCCUUGGCUGCAGAGCAUGGAAGUACAGAACCGGAAAUUAAAAGUUCUCGCGAGAGAUUGUCGGAGAUGAUGAAGAGUAACCUUAUCCAGUAUGGCAUCAUCUCAUUGGUCGUUCUUGACAGUAUCAUCGUCAUCCUCGAAUUCCUCAUCGACCUGGAAAUGAUACAUAUUCCUGAGAAUGAUGUCAGUGGGUCGCAUUCUUCAAUGCUCAACAGCAGUAUGAAUCACACCAUGGAGCUGUAUACUGAACUGAUGUCAACGUCUCACCCAAUAGGAGCGCAUCACUCUGCUGAUCAUCUGGAAUCGGAGCACAGCUCUCACAGAGUGGCAGUCAAUCAUGACAACCAUAUAGGAAUAGAACACAAUGCGACUCAUAUCAAUCACAAUCAUACAUCGUCAGGUCACGCUCACCAUCAUACCAACAAGGAAUUGGCCGAACACAUACUUCAUUAUGCGAGUCUUACUAUACUGUCAAUAUUUGUCGUAGAGGUUAUGGCUAAAAUAUAUGCUGAGGGAACGCAUUUACUAAAACAUAAAGCAGAGGUAUUCGACGCCAUUGUAGUAUUGGUUUCCUUCACGCUGGAUAUAAUAUUCUCAUUCGUUAAUGUAACUGAUGCGGCUAGGGACGCCGCCGGCCUGAUGGUUAUACUUCGUCUAUGGAGAAUCACCAGGAUUAUCAACGGUGUAAUUAUUUCUGUCAAAAUGGACGCAGAUAAGAAAAUCGAAGAACAAAAAGCGGCGCGCAGCAGAGCAGAGGAGGAAGUAGAAAAAUUGAAAAACCAAGUCUCUUCUUUAGAGGCUGAACUUGAACGACUACAGGAACAUCUACGAUUGUUGGAAGAGGGCAAAGCUGGUCCGGAUUUGGAUGACAGCAUAAAUGAGUGACAGACGCGCGUGAGAUGAAUAAAUGAAUUGUAAUGCAUCGUAUUCCUACCGGAAUGUGUAACUAGUUUGUUUCCGUCGGAAUUAUAUAUUCCAGUAAGCAAUAGGAAAUGAAUAUAAGCAAAACACGAUGGAGUUUUUAUGUGUAUCGAAUUCAAAUCAAAUUCAUUACAUACAAUCAUGAUACAUGUGAAUUAAAUAGUUUGUCCAAUACUUGAUUUCUAAUGAAUAUGAGUUGAAGCCAAAGAUAUAUUAUGUACAUCGUAGUAUUAUGAUAUAUGCUAUUAAACAGCAUUACAGCAUUACAUAUUAUAAAUAAAUUGUGUUAAUCACGUAAUAAAUGUUGUAUACGGGGACGCGACUUUUCUUUUCAUUUAAUCUAGACCAUGUUAUAUGAUUUGAAAACAGAUUGUACCAAUAUUCCUUAAUAUGUCCGAUAUAUAUUGCAUAAGCGUACUAUUUUUAAGGUUGGAAAUUCCAUAAAAAGCAUUCGUUUUUUUUUACAUAGUUUUGAUGCUCUAUAUAAUACCAUCUAAUGCAAUUUAUGAAGGA